AUGACCGUCACCGACGUCACCGGCAACGAGGACACCUUCACCCUCGACUCACACGGCUUCCAGUACCUCCGCCACGCAAGUGUCGAGACGGAAUUCACAGACGAAGAGCGCAUCAAGAACGUCUACUACCCCGAGGCCGAGAAGCUCUACAAGGAAAUCACGGGUGCCAGCAGAGUCGUCAUCUUCAACCACCAGAUCCGCCGCGGGCCGGCCAACUGGCACUCCCUCGGCGAGCGCAACACGGAGCAGCGCGGGCCGCUGCACAAGGCCCACGUCGACCAGUCCUACGACGGCGCCCUCAUGAUGGCCCGGCACCACCUCGGCGCCGAGGUCGACGAGCUGCUCGCGCCCGGCCGCCACCGCUUCCAGAUCAUCAACCUCUGGCGGCCCAUCAAGCCCGUCCGCAAGGACCCGCUGGCCGUCGCCGACGGCAACUCGGUCGCCGAGGCGGACCUCGUCGCGGGCGCCAUCAUCUACCCCCGCCACCGCGCCGAGACGUGGACCAUCAAGGCGAACCCGGCGCACCGAUGGUACUACAAAGACCAGCAGCGGCCGGACGAGCCGCUGCUCAUCAAGUGUUUUGACUCGGACACGUCGGUGGUCAGGCGGGCGGCGCAUUGUGCUUUUCGGGACCCAGAGAUGGAUGGGGAGGAGCACCGGCAGAGCAUCGACAUUCGGGCGUUGGUGUUUCACUGA